GUAGGCCACCCCAGUCGAUCAAAUCCCUUCUUCUCCAAGAAUGGUGUUGACUAGGUUAGUACGUGUGGACAAACAUUAUCACCAUUAGGCUGAAAUCGGAAACAUUUCAACCAGUAAACGUGUAGCGUACUAUUCUACCUAAGCCUGUUUUCUGGUAGAAUGGUGAAGUGCGACUAAUGUAUAGAACAGAAUGUUUCACCACAGGAAGUGUUCUUAUCACUGUUGAAUGUACGAUAUCUUGUUCUCGGAAUGCGUCUCAUUGGGUAUGUGACACACAGACUGACCAUUUGAAGUAUGUUUCUAAAUAACUGUACACUUACACGCCAUGAAGUUGUGGUUAUGAACAUCAAGUACAGUACAAUUACAACAGAAUCGACGAAUAGCGACGUUGUGGAUGAUGCGUGUCUUGUUCAGCGUCUGAGAAACUGCAUCAUUAGACGGAGCUGUCCCACAAUCUUCACUCACUAUCGGAGAAAGCAAAGGAAGCGACAGAUUUUAUACAACAUAUCAAAAGUGCGCCCGAAAAAGUUUUGAACAACUGUAUUGAGUUUGAAGCCACAAUAAGCUCCCAAUGCGAUCUGUUGAUUAAGGCCGUUCACGCCAGGAAACAACAGCUACUAGAGUUCGCCAGACAGGAACAAGACCACAAGAUCAAGACACUCCGCGACCAGAUAACUUCUUGUACUACCAAACUUCAGCAGACAACAGGACUUCUCCAGUUCUGCAUAGAAGCUUUAAAAGAGACCGACCCAACGUCUUUCAUUCAGGUUGGGGCGGCUUUGAUCAGUAGAGUGACCGAUGUGGACAACAGAUGGAAUCAAGAAAUGGCUUUAAGACCUUGGGUAACUUCUAACUUUAACUAUGCCCUGGAUUAUCAGUCUGUGUUAGAGGGCAUUAAUCAUAUGACAUUUGUAGAGGAGAAACCUCCAGGACCUCCAGUUAUUAUUUCCGAAGAAUGCUCAUCAGAGAACAACACUAUCACUUUGGUAUGGCAGCCUCAACUCCUCAGCUUUGUAGAAUACUACAAUGUUGAAGUGGAAGAGGGAAACAAUGGUUUUUAUAAAGUAGUUUAUCGUGGAAUCGAAACAGUCACAACGGUGGACAAUCUUCACUUUAAUACCAAAUACAAGGCUCGAGUUAAGGCAUUCAAUAGUAAAGGAGAAAGUCCUUACAGCGAAGAGAUACAACUGUCUACAGAAGAAGGUAAAGACGACAAAGGAUGGAGCAUGUACAUUGAUCACCAAAGAUCGUGGUUUCUUCACGCUGAUCACCACGGAAAUAGAACCGAAGGAGGGGUAGGUGCCGAGUGUGUGAUAGGUGUUCUUCUGGACCUAGACCAACAUCAGCUGAGUUUCUUUGUGAAUGACGAACUUCAAGGUGAUGUGGCUUUCUCUGGUCUUCAAGGUGUCUUUUUUCCUGCAGUCAGUAUCAACCGGAACGUUCAAGUCACUGUACAAACAGCUCUAGAACCGCCCAAUGACGGCGAACUUGGGAGUGAAAUCGCAAAUAAAUAAUGUUAGUAUAAUUUUAGGUCGAUAACUCCAAAAAAUAAAAGUAUUUCAAACGUUUACUUUAAAUAUCAAACUUAAUAUCGAUAACCGUUGGAAAACAAUCUUUUUUUUUAAUAAUAUAAUGUAGUACUGUACUGGACUAUAUGCUUGCUACAACAAGUAAUUUUAAAAGUGUAGAAAAUAAAUUUUCUGUUGUACUGGGCAUCAUUGGCACAACUUGGAAGGUCACUUUUGUUUUCUACUUAAGCGAAACAGGUACUAUUUAUGUAAAAUAUUAUAAUAUAUAUAUAUUUCAAAUAAAGGUUUGUG